CCUUUUCCUGCAAUUUUUUUUUCUUCUUUCUCGUCCUCUACGUGACCAAAAAAUAAUCUCCGGAGGGCGGGAUUAUUUUGUUUAUUUUGUUUCCGCAUUCCUUUCUGAACUUUUCGAGCGUCUGAGAAAAACUGUAACUUUCUCGCAACUCUGUCACUUUUAAGCUGAACCCGAAAAUCGUCUAUUUUCGACUUCUGUAAAUUCUUCGAGGUUGAGUUUUGAAUAGUCACAGAACUUCAUCCCCUACUUAUUUCUAAGCAUCAUCUUCUCCCCGGUAUUUGUUUGGUUGCUUUUUAUGGAACCCCUAACUCCUCCUAUCCCAAUCCUCCCUAUUUUCUUUUCAAUGUUUCUCCUGAUCUAUCUCGUUGCCUACUACAUCGUUUUCCGCAGCUGGAGCCCGAAAUACCGCCCCGAAGCCUCCAGCUGCUUCAUCUCUUUAGCCCAUGGCACUCCCGCGGUUUUCUUGGCCAUUUUUGCUAUACUAAAACAAUCUCCUCACGGCUUCGCUUCUCCAAACACCAGUUCCCAGAGUUUGGUACUUGAUUUCAGCAUUGCUUACUUCUUGAUGGAUCUCCUCCAUUAUCUCAUCUUCUUCCCAAGUGAUGUUCUCUUCAUAGGCCAUCAUUUAGCAACCCUCUUUGUAUUAUUCACAUGUCGAUACAUGGUUCUCCAUGGUGCCUUCGCCAUGCUCAUCCUUCUCAUCCUUGCAGAAAUCACCAGUGCUUGCCAGAACCUGUGGACCCUCGCCAAUGUCCGCAGAGCCGACGUGCCUAGUGCUGCCAAACUCUACCGACUCUUGUCUCCCCCAUUCUAUACCUUGUAUUCUGUUGUUAGAGGGUUUGCUGGACCUCUCUUUGUUUACAAAAUGGUUGUCUUCUAUUCAAGUGGAGCAGCAGAUAAUGUGAUCCCACGAUGGAUUCUGGUUUCCUGGAUGAUAAUAAUUGCAGUGGCAAUCUCUGUUAGCAUAUUAUGGGUCUCGAAUCUUUGGCUGGAGCUUUACAGAGAAAGAACUGCUAAAGUGGAUAAGAAAGUGAGAUAAAAGAAGUGAGUUUCUGGUUUUCUUCACCGACAAUCGUUGAUUGAUUUCGAAUGGUCUCUGUCAAUUUCUUAGUUUCUAACUCAUGUUUGGACCAGAUGAAAACAGUAAGCAGUGGGGUCCGUGACAUUUUGGGCAUAGAUUUUUUCUAUGGCUUUGUAUGAUAUCCUCGACACAAAAUUCUGCCGUAAUGAAGUAUUAAUAAUCCCAUUUACUUAUUUCAA